AUGGGAGGGUUUGCUAUAUUGGCCGGCAGAUCACGCAUCUGGCUGACUACACUAAACAGCAUCAGUCUUGUCGUUUGCGGUGGGAUAAGCAUCGGAGCCGAGUGCAGUGCCAGUCUCGUAUGUGCAACCUUGACAAUGGGUUUACGAGAUCGAAAAUUAAAUUUGUUAAAAUCCCAAUGGACAUGUACAACAGAAGGACGAAUGGACGGGCAUGGCCCCGGGGCGCUAGUCGACCGCAUGGUUGUCUACUUUUCGGAUCAGGCUCACAGUUCCGUCUCUCGAGCCUGUCACAUUGCCAUGGUACGUUGUCACGUGAUACCCACCACAUCAGUUGGGAAAUGCCGCGUUUUUGAAGCACGCAAAUUGGCAGAGGCAAUAGCUGCGGACGUCGAACACGGAUUUGUACCAAUUAUGUGCGUUGCAUCCAUGGGAACCACAAACACGUGCGAAUUUGAAAAUCUAGUUGACCUGGGUGAAGUGUAAUUUUUUACCGUUGUGCGAGUCAUUUUAUACUUUGCAUCCUAUUUGGUUCUGUCUGAGCUCGUCGUGCACCGUACAGGGCUCUACACAUNUACACAUGAUGUUUGGCUACACGUGGAUGCUGCCUACGCUGGUUCCGCACUCUUGUGUCCAGAAUAUCGACAUUUCGGGAAAGGAAUGGAGUUUGCCGACUCAUUCUGCUUCAAUCCCCACAAAUUAAUGCUAGUCAAUUUCGAUUGUUCCAUACUGUGGCUCCGUGAUUAUCGUGUUCUGUCCGAGACGUUCCGAGAAGAUCCGGUCUAUUUAAGGGAUACUUGUGACAGUAUGCCCGAGUACAGAAAUUGGAGCAUCAAUCUUGGACGUCGUUUUCGUGCGUUGAAACUGUGGUUCGUCAUGCGCAUGUUCGGUUUGGAGCAUAUCAGAAAUCUGAUCCGUCUGGGUGACAAUACACGGACGAUGGCCUUGCAGGAGGCGUUGAUGAAAAAAGGUAAAAUCUUUCUGGUCGCCGGUUCUCUUCCCCCGACCGAUUCCAACGCAGAUAAACUGUAUUUUCUUCGAUUCGUAUGCAAUUUACAGACACAGGUGGAUGAUGUGGAGUUCGCAUUUUCAAUCUUGAGUGAAACAACCACUGAAGUGCUAAACCAGAUCGAUUAA